AUGGAAUCAAGCCUUGCAAAAGAUAUACAACAAAUCAAAAAUGCAAUACAAGGAUACAAAACCAUAUUAGAUGAUAUGAUAUGCAAUUCUUCUUCAUCAGAAUCGUCAAUUCAAUUAGGAAGUACGUUUACGCCUGUGAAAACAGGCUCAACGAUGAGCAAAUCACCUUUUAAACCAACAACAAUACUAACGUAUUAUAGUUUACCAAACAAUGAAGAAGAAGAAACAAAGCAAGAAGUGGAUACAAAAGGUUCAAUGCAUUUUUCUGAAAUUAUGACAAGCGAUGAUGAUGAGGUUUACGGAAAUAUUGAAGGUACUCCUAUAAGUAGAAAAGAAAUUCUUAAAAGACACAAUAAUUUUCUGAAUUCAACGCCAAAUCAAAAGACUGGCAAUUCAACACCAAGAAUCAAUAAUGACCUCCAAAUAAAUGAUAUAAUUUCUCCAUCAAUUAGAAACACACAUGAAAAUGAAAUUGAUAAUAUUCUACUUUCUUCUGAUGACAUGAAAAUGUCUCCAAUUAUUGAUAGUACAAAGAAAAGAGUUCACACCCCUAAUAAUGCUCAAAAAUUAACUCCAAUUUUGAAGAAUAGAAGAUUGAAAGCUUCUCCAAUGAUUCAAAUGGCUCUUAAUUCAUCAAGUGAUGAUUUCGAAGAUGAAAUUAAACUCGAUGACGAUGAAAAAAUUGAUAUUCCAAUAAAUACAAGAAAAGUUAAUAUAAUACAUCCAAAAUCUCCAACAAUAGCAAGAGGAAUGAACAAAUCUCCUAUAGUUUCACCUGCUACUAAUGAUAGCGAUGAUGAAUAUUUUAAUAUUUCACCAAUUAGAACAAAUCCUAAACAAACGCUAGAUUCAUCAAAUAUUAGUCCAAUAUUAGCUAGCAAAGCAGCAUCGCCAAUGGUCUUAAGCGAUUCUGAUAGUGAUGAUGAAAUUCUUCCAAAAUAUCAACCACCAGAAGCAGAUAAAGUAGAAAAAUUAUCAGAAGUCCAGAUUUCACCACCUAAAAAGGAGAGUACAUCAGUUUCUUCCUCAAAAAUCCAAUUUAGCAAACCAAUUUCAUCAAUUAACUCACCAGAUCCACCAACAAUUGAAUCAAUAUCAUCUAGCCUUGCAGAAAAUGCUGACUUUGACGAAUUCCUUAAGAAGCAUCCAAUUGUUAGGAAUGCAAAUGAUCCUUCUGAAAUUAAUCUUUCAGAUUUCGAAGAAUCCGAAUCAGAGGUUCAAAUAGAUAUAACUGAAUCAUUACCUGAUGAAAAUCAUCCGAAGGAAGCAAAUCAUCAAAUGAUGAAUGAUUUAGAUCAUUUAACUUCAGAUUUAGAUUUAGAUGAGAUAGAUAAAAAGCUUGCAAAACUAGCAUUGGAUGAUGAUUAG